AUGCUGCCAAGCACCUCGUACCACCUCCAGCUGAUGUUUCAAGAGCCAGCGGCCUAUCCAUCCAUUGCACGCCAGCACACGUGGUGCCAUCCCAAAUCCAUCCCUGGCAACUGGAGCCAACACUUUCUGCCAUUCAGAUUUUUGUCAAGCCAAUUGCAUGAGAAUCACUUGGCUGAUAUUGCAUGCAUGAAUGUGCAGAAAGGCUUCAUUCAUUGGCACAACCCAUCAAGCAUGAUUGUUCCGAAGCCCUCUCCAAGGAAGACUUUGGCGUGCAAUCAAGUGCAGGCAGAAGGUAUGGGCGGUUUUUUGAGGCAGCUUGUGCACUUGCAGCACUUGAAGGCUCCAGGUGCCCUGUUGCAUGGUCCAACGAGCUGCUCCUUUUCCUUGAAGGGACACCAUGCCAUUGAAGGUCUUUUGGACCAUGCGUUCCUGAAUGCAGGGUUUCCGUCGGUGGCAGCACGCUUGCAGCACGGUACACGAGCCAUGUUGGUGCGAGCUUCCGUGUCGGAUUGA